AUGACUUUAGGUUACCAAAACAAAGCCCACCACAAGCCUCUUCUACCGGACGAUCUUGCAACGCACAAGUCUACCUCCGAGUCUCCUGUACAGGGUGCUGUCUAUGCAAUGCAGGCCCUCAGCUAUGCACGCAUUGGCUUAGGGGCAGCAAGUCUCCUUGCCCCGAGCUCAAUCUGCGGACUAUUCAGAUUCCUCAUUUCAAAUGAAACGGCCACUGUUGUUCGGAUGUUCGGUGUCCGUGGCGUUGCUUUAGGUUAUCUUAUUCUUAACGCCGAUCAUAAGACGCUUUCCGGCAGGGCAGAUCUGAAGAGAAUGCUCUGGGCCAACUUUGGAUGCGAUAUGGCGGACAUUUGCAGUAUUGCAUUCGCGGUCACCAAUGGGCAUAUGGAUCGGCUGCCGGGAACAUUUCUUACAGGGGGUGCAGCUGUUUGUAUUGCCCUGGCGCUUCUGGGAGUAAAGGCUAUUGAGGAUGUUCAGACCAUGGCUUCCAAGGAUGAGUGA